AUGCCCGCAGCGACCAAGCGCAAUGCUAUCUCUCGCAAACGAAUCGCAGACGACCAAGCCGUCUCUUACCCUGCCUCGCAUCGUGCUCAUGCUCCCACUUUCGACGACGAGCCGUACUCCAUCGACGCUUCCCCAUUCGCGCCUCCCGCAUUGCCUCCCGAGGAGUUCGUUCCCGAGCCGGACGACAUGCCCGAGGGCAUUGGGGACGUUCUCGGCAUGAGUGACAGCGCACAGUCGGUCCCUGCGUAUGGUCGUGUCGAGAGUAUGUUCGACGCCGCUCCCCGUAAUGACGCGGAGGACCUGCGGCACUUACCCCUAGGGCGGAGCCCGCCUGCGGGUCGUCCUCAAUACGCCACGCCUCCGCCCGCGAGUGCUGCCCAGCUUGAUGUAGGACAUACGAGGUCUCCGAUUCUCUCGCGCGAACCAACCACGUUGGAGACAUUUUCUCGCACACUCCGGACGUAUGUUCCGGCAUCCAUUUCUAUACCGUCCGCGGGACCCACCCCUCCACGUGUCUCCCGACCAGUCUCCUUCGGGAGCUUCCUCUCGCCGACCAUGUCUCCACACGAGCGCGACUCGCGGAAACGGAGAGGGAGCGAUAGCACGAGUGGUCGACCGGGAAGCGUAUCUGGCUGGGGCGCGCAUCGGGAUGGCGAAGAAGAUACUGCAGUGUUUAACCUUGAUGAGGAAGACCCGCAGGACGAUCGCGGAAGCAGGCGAACUGCUCCGCGCUAUCCUAGCGCAGAUGAGACGGAGGAGAUCGUCUGGGCCGGCUGGGACACCCUGGUCGAGGAUGAUCCCCUGAAGCCAAGGCGUCUGCUGCUGCUCGGAUACCGAUCUGGGCUGCAAGUAUGGGACUGUUCGAAUCUGGGCUCCGUAUCGGAGCUGCUAAAUCUAUCCGGGCCUCAAUGGGGUGCUGUGGAACAAAUUACAGUGUUACCCACUCCCGUUUUAGAGAAGGAUUAUCAUCGGGCGAAGCGUCCACUUUUGGGUGUUCUCUGUCGGACGGGGGAUUGGUCGAACUUCGUUCUUUAUUCGAUGCGAAGCCACGAGAUUGUGAAGACCAUGCCUUUUCCCGGUCUGACCCAGUUCUCUGCCGUGUCCGAUUUCGUCGUUCUGGCUACUUCUAAUCCUCAGAAUUUGCACGUCCUCUCAGCUGGCAACUUUGCAACUUUGUAUACUAUCCCUUCAUCACUCAUUUCAACAGCAAUCAUUUCGACAUCAUCUUUAAGGAAUAAUACCAGUGUUUCAGAAAUAGAAUUAGACGCAGACGUUAACACCCCCACUUCACUGUAUACAUCCUCCGACAUGCCUCGAUCGACGUUUGCUCUCUCUAAUCGCCUUCUUGCAUUCAUAUCACCUCUUGCACCACAUCAACCCACUAUAUCGUCAGAAACCCAAUCUCCCAGCGAUUUGUCUGCAAUUACCGAUACUACGGCCAAGUUUGGCUUCUCCCAAGCAGAUAUCGGAACCACGGCUGCUCGGAUUGGCGGCACCGUGUUCAGUGGAAUGAAAUCGUUGGGAGGAAUGGCAGUCUCUGCCGCCAAGGCUGGAGUCACAGCGGCUGUUAACGCGGACUCGAGCGCUGCUAGGUCAGUACAAGGGGCGGGCGGCUUGAGCAAUUUGUUUUUCUCUCGGGGCACCCCUGUCGCCAGUCAGCAAGAUCAUCCGUCCUCAGAUAUGCGGAAGUCCUCUGCUAGUCCAUCAGCGUUGCCUCCGUCCAUCCCUUCCGCGUUUUCGUAUGGUUGUAAUGUGGUUGUCCUCGAUCUGCAGUGUCUUCUCUCCGGAUCACCAGAACCCGAGAAGAUAGCCGAAUUCGCGGGGUCGAAGCACCAGCCCAUAACCCGUCUCAAGUUUUCUGAGGAUGGGACAUCCCUGGCACUCUGCUUCAAGGACGGACGUUCUGCUCGGAUCUUCCAGCUGCGGCCUGUUCCCAGGACUCUGCGCUCGUUCUCUAGCGCAGAGUCGGCGCAGGAGCGCGGGAGAGAUACACCGACAUUUGAUGGUGUGCAUGGACAAGGCACCCAACCGUGGCAUAUGUAUGAUCUCCGGCGCGGACGGACAUCCGCUGUGAUCGACUCGAUGGAAUGGGCGCACGACGGGCGGUGGUUCGCCAUCGGCACGCGCAACCGCACAGUGCACGUCUUCGCGGUGAAUCCUUACGGCGGCAGGCCGGACGAAUUCAGCCAUCUGUCCAGCAGGGUUCCGAAUGCGUCGGUGUUGCCAUCCCUUUCCAACGACAUACAUCCACUGAUCCGUCUGCGAUCGGACAAGACCCCACAUCCAGAGCGAGGCCUUGCUCCGAUCGCGGUUUUGUUUGUUCGACCGAUCGAAGUAUCCAUCCCCUCGUCGCUGCUACCCCCCGCUGCCCUUUCCUUUACAGCAUCGUCUUCGCCCUCAUCCGUCCAAUCGUCGAACCACUCGUCGACACAGGCGUCACGUAAAGUCGCGAAUCAGGACGUACUCGUAUUCGAUCCGUACGAUGGCACCCUGUCGCUGCGCCGUAUCGUGGUUGAGCGGGGCGCUAAUGAGUUCACCUUGGCUGCCAGCUCGAUUCCUAUAAUUGGCAACACUAGCAUGUCGCUUCCCGGUGUGAACUCGCUGGGAAGACUAAGCACAUCGCCAUCUAGCACGCAGACAAGCCCUGGGAAGGCCUCCGGGCUCACCCAGAUGAUGGGCCGAUCGUCCGAACUCGCUGGGAAGGAACGUCGAGUAGGUAGCUGGAAUUUGAGGCGGGGGCGUGAUUGGCCGGAGGUGCGAAAACCUAUACGUCCACGAAGCAAGGUGGCACGUCCGACACAACUUACGAAAGAGGACUGGUUGUCGUGCGCGGAGCUGUCCACGCAUUCCUCUUCUAUUCGCGUCUUGCCUCGCACAGUGUAUUUAUCGCACCAGUUCACUUUUCAUUCGUUUGGAGAGGACUAUCAUGCUCUCAUUCGCAGCCAUCAAUUUGACGUACCGGCACACAAAUUCGAAGUGCGUCGAGAAGUGGAAGUGAGCGCUUAUUCAGCUGGAGUCGGCGAGUUCUUCGUGCAAGGGCUCCCCACCGCGCGUGAUGUCGAUCAAGCAGCAUCCUCGUUUGAUGAGCCCCUUGCGUCAGCGUUGUCUGCCGAGAUCCACUACAUGAAUCCCUCUCCACCCGUUCUCCCCAUGUACCCGAACGGUACACCAGGUUCGAAUACUCGCUCUCUCAAGAAUGCGAUCCCGAUCCGCAACGUGGCAGCGGGCCUCCAUGAUAGCAUGUAUGAAGGCUUCGGACGCUUGCGCCGGGAGAUUGGCAAAGUUCGCUCUCCCCGGCUUGCCGCGCAUCCGGAUGAUGAAUUGUCGUCUUCGGUGCCGUUGGAGUUUGACGAAGAAGACGAAGAUUUCUUGGACUCAAAUAUGGGAUCAGGGGGGCACGAUACGGUCUCGCCGUCUCCAUCACGCGGUGCAGGUGAUUCCGGGGAGUCCAUCUCGACCCCGUCGAGCACGGCCGAGCCCCUGCCGGUCGAGGACAACAGAGAUGACGUCUGGCAGGGCUGGGAGCCCGAAGACCAGCAAGCGAUCGAGGAUGCGGAGCGGUUCGACGACAUCACGGUGGGGUUCAUGGACGAGGAGCAGGCCGUGUUGCAGACUACAAAGCGCGACGCGGGGCCGAAGAAGAAGUAUAAGAAGAGUCGGAUUGUACACAGAGCUUGA